AUCAAAGGCGGUCCCACAUCAGUGAGUUGACCUCACUAUGAAUGAGGAGUUUAUUGCAAGCGCACGGGAGAUCCUGCAAAUGACACAGGGGGGCCGGUCGCGCUCGCUACCAGAGAAGGGGGACAAGAUUGCCCGGUCCCUGCCGCUGGAGGAUGCUUGGCUAGAGUCUCAGAUGCUGCGCGCCAGGACAGAGGAGCUGCUCGCGCUCGUCAGUGAACCGCUCGCCGCUAAACGGUCGGAGCUACUCACAGCCGCCUGGGAGCCAGCUCGAGAUGUCGCUCGUCUCAGCGCAGUGCCUGGCAAGUUCUGGCAGUACAUGGGGUUCGAAGAGAACGGCUGCAAAUUCCUGCAUUGGGAGGAAGUCGUCAUGCUGAGUGAGAUGGGCCUGCUGCGUCUGACGGCGGAGGGCCAGCCGUGCUGCAGCCAGCAGGAGGUGCGCGCCCGCCUGCUGGCCGGCUGCGACGCCCGUGAGCGGCGCUACCGACUGUACGCGCACCUCACGCGGCUCGGCUACCGGCCCGUCCGCCACCAGGGCCGCUGGCCACAGGUGCGUCUGGGCGACCCCGGCAGGCGCGCGUCUGCCGAGUAUGAGCGCAAGAUCCGUCUCGACCAGUACCUCCGAGAGCGCAAGGACAAACGUCACCGCACGGCCUCGCCGGGCACCAGCCCGGAUCCCAAGGUGCUGCGAACCAGCGAGGAUGCAUCCAAGGGCUCCAGUCACGCAUCUGAGCGGCAAGACCAGGAGCCUGAGCACACGCGCGAGGCGGAGCACCGCUCAGGCAGCUCGAUUUCACCGAAGAAAAGCGCCUGUUGCCAAACGUAA